UAGCCCGAUGCGACUGGACGGCGCGAUUAGUCGGUCGGUCGGCGACACAAUCGAAGACACACGACGUAUACAUAGUAAUAUACCACUGUGGUAAAAUACGCCUACACGCCGCCGUCACCGCCACUAACGUUGUUACAUCCGGCAUGUAAUAGAUUAUGAUAGAACAAACAGCAUUACACAACAUCUUAACAUGGGUAAUUGCAGUGAUUUUAUUUAUUUUCCAAUCACUCAACUAUUUUGUUGCACGGAUAAAAAAAUACGCAAAACACGGACAAAAAAAAACUACUGUUGUGACAACAGAUACAACAACAUUAUCUGAAUUGAAUCCGAAUAAUAACAAUGCGCCGAAAAAUGUUAUUGCUGUUCAAGGACUGAUCCAAAAACACUUUGACAUUCCUCUGAUAAUUGCAGAAGAUGAACCAAAAGUGAAUGAUUUUAUUAAAAGUGCUCAAUUAUUGAUAUCUAAUGAUAAUUUCAAAGAAAAACAGAAAAUAGAUCAAUUUAUGGAGCAUUUUGUCGAUGACUCUUAUGUUGCGCGUGGCCUAGGUUUGAUAACUGCAAACGUUGGACGCGAAUCAGAAUUUUACUUGUACUCAAAAUAUGAUAAUAACUUUGAAAACGUCGUUAUUAGGCUCAAAGGACGUCACGGCGAAAGUGGUCAAAUCAUAAUAUCAGGCCAAGACCCUACAAACCUUAUUGAAACAAAAUCAAUUCCCAUAGAUUAUUUUUAUGAUGAAGAUAGAAUCAAAGUUACUUACACACCAUUUGCAGAAGGAGUGUAUACAUUAACACUAGUACGAAAUGGUUUAUCCAUUUGCCGCUCUCCGUACUAUAUAUCGGUAGAAAAAAGCCCGACAAAUUCUAGAUCUCAAAUUCGUUUAGGUACAAAGAAAUAUAAAAUGGUAAGUAAAUUUGCUAAGGCCAAGCAUGUACCUCUUGAAACAUGUGACAGUAAUAUUCCUGUCAUUGAACCUAGUAAACCAUCUAUUAGUAGAAAUAUUCUUCCAGCAUCGGAAGAAAACUCUAUACGAACAGACGUUAUGUCUAUAGUAACAAAAUUUGAAUCCAAUAGUAUACAUUUUCAAAAAAAAAUUCAUAAACAUACAUCUAAUAUAUCCAAAACAAGUCCAAAAACUAGUUUGAUCGAUGAAAUUUCAAUAAAUUCGAAUAUUCAACCAAAAAUUGUAACUGGCAAUGAUCAUGAUACUAACGUCAAUGAUUUAAAUUCAGCUAGUAUUAAUUCGAUUCCUAAGUCCGCCGAAGAAAAAUUUUGGAGUAACAUAGAUAUUUCCAAUAUAAAUAGUAAGAAAAAUGAUAUAAAUUCUAUAGAUGCCAAAAGUAACCUGAUGAAGAAGUCCAUAAUAAAGCUAGAUAAAUGCACUAGAAAUACAAACGAUAUACCCCGAGUAAAAAAUGUAUCAUUAAAUCACCUAGAACCUACAAACAGUGUAUUAUUGAAGGAAAGUUUAAAUUAUGAGAAUUCACACGAUGUAGAAAAACAAAAUAAAACGUAUGAUACAAAUGAACUUAUUCAUGGACAAAACCAAAUUGAAACGUUUCUAGAUCCAAUUACUAUAAUAGAUAAAUCCGAAAUCAAAUGUAUAGACAAUGAACUAUUUACACAAAAUGAAGUAUCGUGUUUUGAUGGUGAUAACAAAAAAACUGUAGUUGUAAUGGAAAAUAUUAACGAACUAGAAUCGCAUCCCAAAGAUUCUGCGAUUCAACAAAUAAGCGAUUCGGCACAAUACAAUAUUAAUACCCUUUUGGCAAGUAUUAUAACAAAAAUAACUAAUUGUGUUUGUGAAAAAUGUUCAAAACAAGUAUUAAAAAUACUAUCUGAGAUUCCGAGAGAUAUAAAUUUAACAUAUAAAAACAAUUCAAAUGAAAUCUGUUCAAGCUUAGAAACUCUUCUUGCUCAGCCAAUUAGCAUUGAUAUUAAUAUAGAUAACUUAUUUGAAAACCCCACAAAACCAGCAAAUGAACAAAAAAAUGAUAAUUUAUUGACUAAAAGUUCAACAAAUAUGAAACUAAUGGAUACAAUCGAUAAAGACGUAAAAUAUCAUUAUCUAAAUGAAAUCACACAAAUAGAUAAUACUUCUAAUGGAGUAUACUGUGACAUCAAUAACACAACUAAAGAAUUAAUUAUUAAAAAAAAUAAACUCGAUGGUGAAAUAAAUACAACGAAAAAUGAUAAAUUAACCGAUAAUUUUUCUAUACCCUUCACUGAACACGAUAUAGAUAAACGCAAAACAGUACAACUAGAAAAUAAAUUGUCUACAAAUGAAAUAAUAAAAAAUGAAUAUUCAAUUACUAAUGAAGCAAAUGUAUUAAACUCUCAUCAACUAAAUAAUGCCAACAUUUAUAAAUCAGAUGAUAAAAUGCAAAUGCAAAUUCAAGAUGUGCAAAUAUCCUUAGAACAUAAUAUGGACUUAAUUGAAACACAUCAAUUUCAUGAAUACAACAAAAAAUUAAAUAAUAUCAAUAAAGAAAAUGAUAAAACUUUAGACAAGAGUGAUUUAGUAACAACCAGUUACGAAAAAAAAAUUAAUACAGAACCAUUAAAAGAAGAAUUCAAAAUUAAGAACGAUAUCAUUCCGGAAAAAAAUACAAAUAGUCAAAGUUCUCCUAUAAAUAGCACAGUAUUAGCAUCGAUGGAGGUUGAAUUACCGACUUUAAAAUACAAAUCAGAAGAUAAUCAACAAGACAUAAGCAAUAUAUCCAAUAUUAAUGUUAUACUAACUGAAAACCAAAAGUUAAUAAUUGAAAACUCAAUUGAACCGGUAUUAAACAAUUUCAAAAACAAAAUAGUUGAAAAAAUUACACAAUUAUAUUUAAAUAAAAAUAUAUCAAAUACGGAAAACACUUCCAUCAAUGAAAACGAUGAUAUACAAGAAACACAUAGUUUACAAGAAACUAAACUAUAUAACAACGAUGAUAAUAAAGACACUAAAACUAAAUAUAUUGAAACACUCAAAUCUCAGUUAAAAAAUCAUAUUGAUAAAAAUGAAAUAUCAAAAAUAAUAUUAGAUAAAACAAAAAUGGAUAAUAAUCAUCUAUCUCAAUAUGUCAAAAAUAUAAUUAAAACAAACAUGAAUUCAAGUGAAAUGCAUUCAGAAAAAUUGGGUGAAAAUAAUCCUCAGACACUUGUAAACAUAGCAAUAAAUCACAUCAAUAACCAACAAACAGACAGCAAAUUUAAAAUGAUGAUAAUAGAAAACGAAACGCCAAAUUUUAAAGUUAAAAAAAACAAUAAUGAAGAUACAGUACAAGACACAGAGAUUAUGCUAACCAAAACACCGAGUGAUAUAAAAAUUGAAACCAUAAAACCAAAUAUUUCAGAAAAAACUGAUGAAGUACAAAAAAUAAAUGAUAAAAACAAAGAUGAAUCAAUAAAAUUACAGAUUAAGGAAAAUGAAUUAAGAAAAAUAACCAAUAUAGUUGAAAAAGAAACAAUAAAUGGAAAUGCGGAAAAUAAUAAUAAUAUGGGUACAACAAUAAGCUCAACUAAAAAUACAGCAACAAAUCAAAAAAAAAAAAAAGAAAGCGAACUUCAAGAGAUAAAAAAAAUUACAGAAGCUAUAGAUAUAGAUGUAGAAAAAGAAAAUGAUAAUAAAUUAUCACAAUUAAACAGAACUAAGGAUAUUAUAGUUGAAAAUCUAAAUUCAGAAGUCAGAGUAUCAAAUGCAAAUAUGGUAAAACAAAUCACAGAAAAAGAAAUUUCAUCAGAAUCAACUUCAUAUAAUAAUGCGAAAAAGUUAAACAUAAAAAGAACUAAUACAGAGAAAAAAGAAAAUACUAAUGAAACAUUAGGAAAUAAUAAUGAAUCAGUAAAAAUAUUAUCAAACUAUCAAUUAACAAAUGAUAUAUCACAUACUGUUAAAGAAGAAUUUAAAAAAGAAAAAGAUGCUUCACAAAAGUCAUUAAACACAAAAUAUAGACUAAAGACUUUAGAAUCAACAGUAAAUGAAAUGAAUUGUAAUAUACCCGAAAAUGAAAAUAAAAUACCAACUAACACUUCACCUGCAGAAAUCGUAAAACUAUAUAAAGAUAAAGCAAAUGAACCAUCAGCAAAAAAUGAUACUAUUCAUGAAACUGAAAUAAUGCCAGAUACGAUAAUUCAUGGAUCUGACAUAGACUAUUCAUCAUUGAAUAAAUCAUCUAUGACACCAUUAGUGAAAAAAAUUGUGGUAGAAUUUGUAACUAAAAAAAAUACAACAACUAUUGAUUCUUUAGCAAUUAUUGUACACGAACAAAUUGAACACAACGAUGAAACAACAAAAGACACUAAAAUACAAACAAAUUCAUGGACAGUUAUUAAAGAGAAAGAAGUGACUAGAAAAAAUAAAACUACUAAAUCAAAUCCAUGUACUAAUAACCCAAAUAUAAACAUAGUGGAACAACUAGAUGUAGACAAUGUAAAUGGGGAAAAUACUCUGAAUCUUACAACUGAGCCAGAUAUAACAAAUAAAAACAAUGAUAUAAAAAAUGAAAGAGACCACCCUAUUGAUAUAUCAAACACAUUUGUAGAAGAAAAGAUAGAAAGAGAAGAAAUAAACAUAAAUCCAUUAUCAGUCGUAACACCGGUGACAUCCAUAGUGGAAUCAAAUAUAGCAGAUGAUAUAAAUGAAACUGAACUGAUAUCAUGUACUGAUAUCCCAAAUGUAAACAUAAUUGAAUCAAUGGUUGUGGGAGAAGUAAUAGAAGAACACCUUCCGACGAUUGGUACAGAGACGGGAAUAGUGAUAAACAACGAUAUUAAUGAAACUGAAACAAGCUUACCAACUGACACAUCCUCUACAUCAGGGGAAGCAACAAAAGAAGUACAAGAAAUAUUCAAAACUCCAUUAGAAAUUGAAUCCCCUGUUAUAUCUGAAGUAGAAUCAAAUGUAGUAGAAGUUAUAACUGUGAGUGAAUUGCAACCAUGUACUGAUACGUUUAAUGUAAACAUAGCUGAACCAAUUGUUGUGGAUGAAGUGAUUGAUGAACACCUUCCGACGAUUGAUACAGAGACAGUAAAACUGAUAAACAACAAUAUUAAUGAAACAGAAACAAGCUUACCAACGAAGACAUCCUCUACAUCAGGGGAAGCAACAAAAGAAGUACAAGAAAUAUUCAAAACUCCAUUAGAAAUUGAGUCCCCUGUUAUAUCUGAAGUGGAAUCAAAUAUAGCAGAUGAUAUAAAUGAAACUGAACUGAUAUCAUGUACUGAUAUCCCAAAUGUAAACAUAAUUGAACCAAUGGUUGUGGGAGAAGUAAUAGAAGAACACCUUCCGACGAUUGGUACAGAGACGGGAAUAGUGAUAAACAACGAUAUUAAUGAAACUGAAACAAGCUUACCAACUGAUACAUCCUCUACAUCAGAGGAAGCAACAAAAGAAGUACAAGAAAUAUUCAAAACUCCAUUAGAAAUUGAAUCCCCUGUUAUAUCUGAAGUGGAAUCGAAUGUAGUAGAAGUUAUAACUGAAAUUGAAUUGUCACCAUGUACUGAUACGUUUAAUGUAAAUAUAGUUGAACCAAUGGUUGUGGAUGAAGUGAUUGAUGAACACCUUCCGACGAUUGAUACAGAGACAGUAAAACUGAUAAACAACAAUAUUAAUGAAACAGAAACAAGCUUACCAACUGACACAUCCUCUACAUCAGGGGAAGCAACAAAAGAAGUACAAAAAAUAUUCAAAACUCCAUUAGAAAUUGAAUCCCCUGUUAUAUCUGAAGUGGAAUCAAAUAUAGCAGAUGAUAUAAAUGAAACUGAACUGAUAUCAUGUACUGAUAUCCCAAAUGUAAACAUAAUUGAACCAAUGGUUGUGGGAGAAGUAAUAGAAGAACACCUUCCGACGAUUGGUACAGAGACGGGAAUAGUGAUAAACAACGAUAUUAAUGAAACUGAAACAAGCUUACCAACUGAUAUAUCCUCUACAUCAGAGGAAGCAACAAAAGAAGUACAAGAAAUAUUCAAAACUCCAUUAGAAAUUGAAUCCCCUGUUAUAUCUGAAGUGGAAUCGAAUGUAGUAGAAGUUAUAACUGAAAUUGAAUUGUCACCAUGUACUGAUACGUUUAAUGUAAAUAUAGUUGAACCAAUGGUUGUGGAUGAAGUGAUUGAUGAACACCUUCCGACGAUUGAUACAGAGACAGUAAAACUGAUAAACAACAAUAUUAAUGAAACAGAAGCAAGCUUACCAACUGACACAUCCUCUACAUCAGGGGAAGCAACAAAAGAAGUACAAGAAAUAUUCAAAACUCCAUUAGAAAUUGAAUCCCCUGUUAUAUCUGAAGUAGAAUCAAAUAUAGUAGAAAAUAUAACUGAAAUUGAAUUGCAACCAUGUACUGAUAUCCCAAAUGUAAACAUAAUUGAACCAAUGGUUGUGGGAGAAGUACUUGAAGCAAAUAUUCCCAAUAUUGAAACAGAGAUGGGAAAAUUGAUAAACAACGAUAUUAAUGAAACAGAAACAAGCUUACCAACGAAGACAUCCUCUACAUCAGGGGAAGCAACAAAAGAAGUACAAGAAAUAUUCAAAACUCCAUUAGAAAUUGAAUCCCCUGUUAUAUCUGAAGUGGAAUCAACUGUAGUAGAAGUUAUCACUGGGAGUGAAUUGCAACCAUGUACUGAUAUCCCAAAUGUAAACAUAAUUGAACCAAUGGUUGUGGGAGAAGUACUUGAAGCAAAUAUUCCCAAUAUUGAAACAGAGAUGGGAAAAUUGAUAAACAACGAUAUUAAUGAAACUGAAACAAGCUUACCAACUGAUACAUCCUCUACAUCAGAGGAAGCAACAAAAGAAGUACAAGAAAUAUUCAAAACUCCCUUAGAAAUUGAAUCCCCUGUUAUAUCUGAAGUGGAAUCGAAUGUAGCAGAUGAUAUAAAUGAAACUGAACUGAUAUCAUGUACUGAUAUCCCAAAUGUAAACAUAAUUAAACCAAUGGUUGUGGGAGAAGUAAUAGAAGAACACCUUCCGACGAUUGAAACAGAGACGGGAAAAGUGAUAAACAACGAUAUAAAAGAAACAGAAACAAGCUUACCAACUGAUACAUCCUCUACAUCAGGGGAAGCAACAAAAGAAGUGCAAGAAAUAUUCAAAGCUGCUUUAGAAAUUGAAUCCCCUAUCACAUCUUCAGUGGAAUCAAAAGUAGUAGAAGUUAUCACUGAGAGUGAAUUGUCACCAUGUACUGAUACGUUUAAUGUAAAUAUAGUUGAACCAAUGGUUGUGGAUGCAGUAAUUGAAGAACACCUUCCGACGAUUGAAACAGAGACGGGAAAAGUGAUAAACAACGAUAUAAAAGAAAUAGAAGCAAGCUUACCAACUGACACAUCCUCUACAUCAGGGGAAGCAACAAAAGAAGUACAAGAAAUAUUCAAAACUCCAUUAGAAAUUGAAUCCCCUGUUAUAUCUGAAGUAGAAUCAAAUAUAUUAGAAAAUAUAACUGAAAUUGAAUUGCAACCAUGUACUGAUAUCCCAAAUGUAAACAUAAUUGAACCAAUGGUUGUGGGAGAAGUACUUGAAGCAAAUAUUCCCAAUAUUGAAACAGAGAUGGGAAAAUUGAUAAACAACGAUAUUAAUGAAACAGAAACAAGCUUACCAACGAAGACAUCCUCUACAUCAGGGGAAGCAACAAAAGAAGUACAAGAAAUAUUCAAAACUCCAUUAGAAAUUGAAUCCCCUGUUAUAUCUGAAGUGGAAUCAACUGUAGUAGAAGUUAUCACUGGGAGUGAAUUGCAACCAUGUACUGAUAUCCCAAAUGUAAACAUAAUUGAACCAAUGGUUGUGGGAGAAGUACUUGAAGCAAAUAUUCCCAAUAUUGAAACAGAGAUGGGAAAAUUGAUAAACAACGAUAUUAAUGAAACUGAAACAAGCUUACCAACUGAUACAUCCUCUACAUCAGAGGAAGCAACAAAAGAAGUACAAGAAAUAUUCAAAACUCCCUUAGAAAUUGAAUCCCCUGUUAUAUCUGAAGUGGAAUCGAAUGUAGCAGAUGAUAUAAAUGAAACUGAACUGAUAUCAUGUACUGAUAUCCCAAAUGUAAACAUAAUUAAACCAAUGGUUGUGGGAGAAGUAAUAGAAGAACACCUUCCGACGAUUGAAACAGAGACGGGAAAAGUGAUAAACAACGAUAUAAAAGAAACAGAAACAAGCUUACCAACUGAUACAUCCUCUACAUCAGGGGAAGCAACAAAAGAAGUGCAAGAAAUAUUCAAAGCUGCUUUAGAAAUUGAAUCCCCUAUCACAUCUUCAGUGGAAUCAAAAGUAGUAGAAGUUAUCACUGAGAGUGAAUUGUCACCAUGUACUGAUACGUUUAAUGUAAAUAUAGUUGAACCAAUGGUUGUGGAUGCAGUAAUUGAAGAACACCUUCCGACGAUUGAAACAGAGACGGGAAAAGUGAUAAACAACGAUAUAAAAGAAAUAGAAGCAAGCUUACCAACUGACACAUCCUCUACAUCAGGGGAAGCAACAAAAGAAGUACAAGAAAUAUUCAAAACUCCAUUAGAAAUUGAAUCCCCUGUUAUAUCUGAAGUAGAAUCAAAUAUAGUAGAAAAUAUAACUGAAAUUGAAUUGCAACCAUGUACUGAUAUCCCAAAUGUAAACAUAAUUGAACCAAUGGUUGUGGGAGAAGUACUUGAAGCAAAUAUUCCCAAUAUUGAAACAGAGAUGGGAAAAUUGAUAAACAACGAUAUUAAUGAAACAGAAACAAGCUUACCAACGAAGACAUCCUCUACAUCAGGGGAAGCAACAAAAGAAGUACAAGAAAUAUUCAAAACUCCAUUAGAAAUUGAAUCCCCUGUUAUAUCUGAAGUGGAAUCAACUGUAGUAGAAGUUAUCACUGGGAGUGAAUUGCAACCAUGUACUGAUAUCCCAAAUGUAAACAUAAUUGAACCAAUGGUUGUGGGAGAAGUACUUGAAGCAAAUAUUCCCAAUAUUGAAACAGAGAUGGGAAAAUUGAUAAACAACGAUAUUAAUGAAACUGAAACAAGCUUACCAACUGAUACAUCCUCUACAUCAGAGGAAGCAACAAAAGAAGUACAAGAAAUAUUCAAAACUCCCUUAGAAAUUGAAUCCCCUGUUAUAUCUGAAGUGGAAUCGAAUGUAGCAGAUGAUAUAAAUGAAACUGAACUGAUAUCAUGUACUGAUAUCCCAAAUGUAAACAUAAUUAAACCAAUGGUUGUGGGAGAAGUAAUAGAAGAACACCUUCCGACGAUUGAAACAGAGACGGGAAAAGUGAUAAACAACGAUAUAAAAGAAACAGAAACAAGCUUACCAACUGAUACAUCCUCUACAUCAGGGGAAGCAACAAAAGAAGUGCAAGAAAUAUUCAAAGCUGCUUUAGAAAUUGAAUCCCCUAUCACAUCUUCAGUGGAAUCAAAAGUAGUAGAAGUUAUCACUGAGAGUGAAUUGUCACCAUGUACUGAUACGUUUAAUGUAAAUAUAGUUGAACCAAUGGUUGUGGAUGCAGUAAUUGAAGCAAAUAUUCCCAAUAUUGAAACAGAGACGGGAAAAUUGAUAAUAAACGAUAUUAUUGAAACAGAAUCAAGCUUACCUACCGAUACAUCCUCUACAUCAGUGGAAGCAACAAAUGACGUACAAGAAAUAAUCAAAACUCCCUUACAAAAUGAAUCCCCCGUCAUAUUGGUUCAACCAAUGGUUGUGGAUGAAGUAAUUGAAGCAAAUAUUCCCAGUAUUGAAACAGAGACGGGAAAAGUGAUAAACAACGAUAUAAAUGAAACAGAAACAAGCUUACCAACUGAUACAUCCUCUACAUCAGGGGAAGCAACAAAAGAAGUACAAGAAAUAAUCAAAACACCCUUACAAAUUGAAUUCCCUGUUAUAUCUGAAGUGGAAUCAAAUGUAGUAGAAGUUAUCACUGAGAGUGAAUUGCAACCCGAUACUGAUAUCCCAAAUGUAAACAUAAUUGAACCAAUGGUUGUGGGAGAAGUACUUGAAGCAAAUAUUCCCAGUAUUGAAACAGAGACGGGAAAAGUGAUAAACAACGAUAUAAAUGAAACAGAAACAAGCUUACCAACUGUUACAUCCUCUACAUCAGGGGAAGCAACAAAAGAAGUACAAGAAAUAAUCAAAACUCCCUUACAAAAUGAAUCCCCUGUUAUAUCUGAAGUGGAAUCAACUGUAGUAGAAGUUAUCACUGGGAGUGAAUUGCAACCAUGUAUUGAUAUCCAAAAUGUAAACAUAAUUGAACCAAUGGUUGUGGGAGGAGUAAUUGAAGAACACCUUCCGACGAUUGGUAUAGAGACGGGAAUAAUGAUAAACAACGAUAUUAAUGAAACAAAAACAAGCUUACCAACUGAUACAUCCUCUACAUCAGGGGAAGCAACAAAAGAAGUACAAGAAAUAUUCAAAGGUGCUUUAGAAAUUGAAUCCCCUAUCACAUCUUCAGUGGAAUCAAAAGUAGUAGAAGUUAUAACUGAAAUUGAAUUGCAACCAUGUACUGAUACGUUUAAUGUAAACAUAGUUGAACCAAUUGUUGUGGAUGAAGUAAUUGAAGAACACCUUCCGACGAUUGAUACAGAGACAGUAAAAUUGAUAAACAACGAUAUUAAUGAAACAGAAACAAGCUUACCAACUGAUACAUCCUCUACAUCAGUGGAAGCAACAAAAGAAGUACAAGAAAUAUUCAAAGCUGCUUUAGAAAUUGAAUCCCCUAUCACAUCUUCAGUGGAAUCAAAAGUAGUAGAAGUUAUAACUGAAACUGAAUUAUCACCAUGUACUGAUACGUUUAAUGUAAACAUAGUUGAACCAAUGGUUGUGGAUGAAGUAAUUGAAGCAAAUAUUCCCAAUAUUGAAACAGAGACGAGAAAAUUGAUAAUAAACGACAUUAUUGAAACAGAAACAAGCUUACCAACUGAUACAUCCUCUACAUCAGGGGAAGCAACAAAAGAAGUACAAGAAAUAUUCAAAGCUGCUUUAGAAAUUGAAUCCCCUAUCACAUCUUCAGUGAAAUCAAAAGUAGUAGAAGUUAUAACUGAAACUGAAUUGUCACCAUGUACUGAUAUACCAAAUGUUAAUAUAGGUGAACCAAUAGUUUUGGAUGAUGUAAUUGAAGCACAUAUUCCAAAUAUUGAAACAGAAACGGAAAAAGUGAUAAACAACGUAAUUAAUGAAACAGAAACAAGCUUACCGACCGAUAGAUCCUCUACAUCAGAAGAAGAAAUAAUCAAAACUCAUUUACAAAUUGAAUCCCCAGGUAUCACCGUUGAAUCAAAAGUAGUAGAAGUUAUAACUGGAACUGAUUUAAUAACAUAUACUGAUAUCUCAAAUCUAAGCUUAGUAGAUAAUAUGGAUGCAGGAAAUUUUCCGAAUACUGCAGUAAUAGAGCUGGAUAUUAAUGUUAAGGAAUAUGAAACAGUCCACUCCAUUUAUACACCGUCUACUUUUGUAGAAGGAAAUAUAGAUGUAGAAGAAAUAAUCAAAGAUCCAUUAUCAAUAGAUACGUCUGGUAUAUCUAUAGCGAUAUCAAAUGCAAUUGAAGAUAAAACUGAAACUGAAUUGUCACCUUGUGCUGAUUCCUUGAUUGAAAAAAUAUUAGAACCAAUAGUUCUAGAAGAAGUAUUUGAAGUAAAUAAUCAAAAUAGUUCAAUAAUGACGGUUAAAUUGAUUAGUAACAAUGAUAAGGAAAGUGAAACAUACCAACCGAUUUGUACAUCCUCUACAUCCGUGGAUGAAAUGAACAAUGUAGAAGAAACAAUCUUGACAUUGGAUACAUCUGUAGAACAAUCAACGUUAGUAAAUGAGGAAAAGUUGAAUUUUGCCGAUAUAUUACAUAGUAAGCAUAUAGCACAUAUCCAGUCUACAAAAAUAUUCUUAAAAGAUCAAACGAUUAUAGAUUUUGAAAUAGAAAAUAAAAGUCUAUUGCCAAAUGAUGCUUUUCCUGAAUCUGUAGAAAAACAUGAUUUAGAUAAAGUUGUAAGAGAAACAGUUCGAGUUAAUGUCAAAGAGAUUAAAAAUACUAUAGGUAUUGACACACCCACAACAUUUGUAGAAGAUCAAAAAGUGGAAAGCCAUGGUACUGUAAUUGAAAAUAUAUUAGCAAUUGACACUUCAACUGCAUCUGUACAAGAACAGAUACAGAUAGAAGAAGUUAUCAAAGAUGAAUCCGUGUCUUUAAUUAAUUUCGCAGUGUCAUCCGAUGAACAAUAUGCAGUAGAACAUAAUGAAAUCAAAAUUACAGCAAUGGUUUCUUCUAUUACAUCCAUGGAAGAACAUAUAAUUGUUAAUGCAGAGGAUGUAAUGGAUACUUUUACUGAAUCGUUAGAUAAAACUGCAGUAGAAAAUGGUACACAUGAUGAAAUUUCGACACUAACAGAUAUUUUAUCUGCAGUCACCGAUGAACAGAUAGACCUAGAAAAAGUUACGAAUAGCGAAACUCAAAUACUAGUUGAUACUUCUAUUGCAUUUUCAGAAAACCCAAUUAAAAUAGAGGAAUGUACUGAAACAGAAAUCACAGCACUUUUUACUUGCGCAUCUACAUCUGAAGUAGAAUCGAAUGAGAUAGAUGUAAAUAGUGGAAAUAAAACUUCAACACCAAUUAAUUUGGCCUCAGUUGCAAUAGAACAAACGGAAUCAGAUACGGUAAUUGAAAUGACAUCACCAAAUAUUAACGUUAUAAAUAGCAAUUCUGAAACAAUUUUUAUUGAUAAAGAAAUUAAAACUAAAAAUUCAGAUAAUCCUAAAAAUUGUUAUUUAAAAUUCGGAGAAUCGUCUAAGUUUCAUUGUUUGAAAAAUGAAGAUAAUUCACAAGGACAAUCUUAUGGCAUUCAAAAAUUAGAAAUGUCUGUACAACGAUUAAAAACAUCCAAUGAUGAUUAUUAUGAAAAAACGUUUGUACAGUUGGAACAAACUGAAAAAAUUUCUUCUGUAGAUAAAGAUAAGGUUGACUGUGAAAAUAUAAAUAAUAUUGAUGAUAAAUUAUACACAGUCAACGAAUCCGACUUAAACGCAAUAUUAUGUGCAUCUUCUCUCGAAGAAGCACUUACCUUAUUGGACUCAAAAAUUAAAUUUAAAUUUAAACAUAGGAAAUCGUCUAGUAAAGCUAACUCUGCAUCAUCAUUUAUUCCUGAAAUUCAAACAUCUGAGAGUAAAAGUAGUGGUACUAACACAAACUUUACAGACGCUCGAGAUUUCUUUAAAGAAAUUGAAAAAAAAUCUAAAAAAUAAAAACAUAAUGAAAUAAAAGUAAUAUUUUAUAAAUUAAUAGUCAUUUAAUAAUCAGUAAAAUUAUUAUUUUAUGACCUGAAUAAUUAAAAUGCCAAAAACAUCUAAAAUCAUAGUGACUUUAUUUUUUUUUAAAACUACUCACUAUCUUUUCGUUUUAAUAUUAAACACACUUAAAGUGGACAUCAAUUUUUUGAAUUCUAUCAAAUUUUUAUUCAAACUAAUGGUAUUUGCCGUUAGUAUAACAUUCUUCAAUGAUGGCCAACAAAUUAACGACAGCACCGAAGAAUUGUGAGCUAGCAUAUUGUUUGACAAAUUUAUUGUAAUUAGACUGACAAAUGGAAUAUGAUAAGCGUGGUAUACGAUCUCUGAAAAAUAUUGGUUUGCAAUUAAAAUAAUAAAAUUAUUUUUAAUAAGAAUGAAAAAAGUAUAAAUAAAUAUUUUUUUACCUUUUGUAUCA